AUGAAGACCUUUUCUCUCCUUUCCGUCCUCGCCGCAUUGAGCGAUGCUGCACCUCAAGAUCUCCACUCGGCUCUGUCACCACGACAAGCAGCCCUUCGAACAUCGCGAUACUUUCCCAAACCCUUCCCUCCUCCGACGAAUCAGCCCGCGCCAAGUCCGUUCACCAUUCAAUCCGGCGAGCCCGUGUAUCCCCAGUUGAAGGCAACUCCACAGCUUCUCGGUCUCGUCAGCGAUCCGGCCUUCAGCCGUGACUCCUGCGGCACCACUCGGCUGAACAACCGAACGCUGUGGGCCUGCCGAGACUCACAAUACGUCGUCAAUGGCGCUGUCAACACGAACUCGUUACUCUCCAGCACUGCUAGCUGGAGCAACUCUUCCGCCGCUGGACAGCCUACGCUGCUGUCGUUGAAAUCGACCGACAACAAGCUUAACACGACCGUGUUGAAGCAGUAUGGAGCGAACAGCAACAGUCAGGCAUUCUAUCCGGUUAAUGCGAACAAGUACUGCUCUUCGCAAGGUGGAUGCAGUGAUGGAUCGAGAUAUGCCAUCUGGCCUGACUCGCCGCCUAUGCGCACAUCCUACCGCAUCGGGUAUACAUGGAUCCGCGCCACCCAUAUCAAUCAAGAUCUCGGACUCGUCGAGCCCAAUCCAGCCACGAUCCUCUACAAAGUCACCGCUCCAAGCGCCGCCUCUGGCAACACCCUCCCGAGCGUCACAGUCAUCAACGAGACAUUUUGGGGCCGCAACGAGAUCGCCUACGGAGCCUACGGCAACGUUGUCCGCAACGGCAUCGCCUACCUCUACGGCCAAGCGAACGGCACAGUCUCUCUCGCGAAAGUCCCAGUCGGAUCAGUCGAGAACAGAUCCGCCUACCGCUACUGGGUAAACGGAGACUGGGUCACCACAGCCCCCAAAAUCGGCGCCGACGGCAUCCGCAUCGAAAACGUCAGCGUGGGCGGGCAAGGAACCUACUUCUGGUCGCAAGGCUGGAAUUCCUACGUCUGGAUCGGCGGCAACCAGUAUCCCGGAGCGACAAUGUACAUCACAACGGCGCCGGAUCCGGCUGGCCCGUGGAUCACACCGAUUCGCUUCUACGAUGGACCGAAUGGCAAUUUCAGUUUGCCGGCGUAUUCUAUUCAGGCACAUCCGGCGAUGAUGGAGUUCAAUCCGAGUUUGAAGUCGAUGCUUCUUACGUAUACGAAGGUUGAUCAGGACAGCCGAGGAAAUGCGGUCUACUCUCAUCCAUUAAUCUACGCCCAAUGGAAUUAG